GGCCAAUCUUUCUUCCACCAGCCUCGGUAGAGCAGCAACCAACUCACGAUGCAUUGGCAAUCAUCGUUGACCCUGCUUACCAUCCUGCUGGGCGCCUGCCUUGCUCAUCCUUCUGGUGCACCAGCUGGCUCUUGCGAGUCCGAGGACCCCAAGCACGGCGUGGCCCCACAGGGAACUCAAUCCCCGUAUGCCGUUCAAGUUGAACCCACUGUUUCCACGCAAGGAAACCCUGUCUCAGUGACGGUGUAUGGCAACAGUCCAUACAGAGGCCUUCUGCUGACCGCACGUGAUGUGUACAGUAGUCAGAUUGUACAUGGCGCAUUUACUGCUGACGGCAACACUAAGACGGUGGACUGUGCUGGAGGACGGGCUAACGCCAUCACUCAUAACAGCAACAGUGAUAAGACACAGUCCACAGUGCAUUGGACAGCACCGGCUGGGUACACUGGUAGAGUCUACUUCAGCGCAACGGUCGUUCAAGACUACGGAACCUACUGGAAACGCGUCACAUCGGACGCAGUCACGGUACAGUAGCACGCAUUGAAUGAAUUGUGGAUUCUGGGCCGACUUGGCAAGCGAACGCUAGUUUGUGGAGCGUCAAUAAAU